GUUUCCCAACCGUUUGGGUUACAGAUAAACAGAUCCAUCCAGACUUUGACCUCUGUCUGUUUAAAACCAGCCUGACUACUGAGCAUCACACACACUCUGACACUCACAGAAGUCUGAUCGUUUGCCUGCCUUUCAGAACCUCUGGACUGAACCAUGAGUUCUUGCGUGACCCUGUCGUCAGGGCAUAAGAUUCCCCUGGUGGGGCUGGGGACCUGGAAGAGUGCCCCUGGACAGGUGAAGCAGGCGGUGCUGACGGCUCUAGACUGUGGCUACAGACACAUUGAUUGUGCUGCUGCGUACAGUAAUGAGAAGGAGGUCGGGGAGGCACUGGCUCUGAGGCUGGGACCAGGAAAGGCCCUGCGUCGUGAGGAUGUAUUUCUGACCUCUAAGCUGUGGAACACCCAGCAUCACCCUGACGAUGUAGAGACCGCCUGUAGGAAGAGUCUAAUACACCUGGGACUGAACUACCUGGACCUCUACCUCAUGCAUUGGCCCAUGGCCUUCCAGCGUGGGACAGAGCUGAUGCCCAAGCGGGCCGAUGGGAGUGUGUGUUACGAUGACAUACACUACCAGGAAACAUGGGUUGCCAUGGAGAGCCUGGUUGAUAAGGGGCUGGUCCGAGCCAUCGGUCUGUCCAACUUCAACGCCAGACAGACAGACGAUGUCAUCAGCAUCGCCAAACACAAGCCUGUAGUCAACCAGGUGGAGUGUCACCCAUACCUGUCCCAGGCCAAGCUGCUGAGUCACUGCAGGUCGGUAGGUGUAUGUGUGACGGCCUACAGCCCCCUGGGUAGUGGUGACAGGCCCUGGGCCUCGCCUGAUGAACCCUGCCUGCUGCAGGACCCUGGACUGGGGGCUAUCGCCCUCCGCCACAGCAUGACCCCUGCUCAGGUCAUACUCAGGUGGCAGGUACAGAGAGGGGUAGUCUGCAUCCCCAAAAGUGUCACCCCCUCCAGGAUCCAGCAGAACCUACAGGUGUUUGACUUCUCUCUGUCGGAUGAAGACAUGAAGCAGAUGGAGUCAUUCAGCAGAAACGAGAGGUACAUCGUCCCAGCUGUGGAGAGGGACGGAAAGAGAGUGUGGAGGGACGCAGAACACCCCCAUUUCCCCUUCAAUGAUCCGUACUGACCCCACAUCUAGAGACAGAUCAACUGACCCCACAUCUAGAGACAGAUCAACUGACCCCACAUCUAGAGACAGAUCAACUGACCCCACAUCUAGAGACAGAUCAACUGACCCCACAUCUAGAGACAGAUCAACUGACCCCACAUCUGGAGACGGAUCUACUGACCCCACAUCUAGAGACAGAUCAACUGACCCCACAUCUAGACACAGAUCAACUGACCCCACAUCUGGAGACAGAUCUACUGACCCCACAUCUAGACACAGAUCUACCGGCCCCACAUCUAGAGACAGAUCAACUGAGCCCCACAUCAACUGACCCCACAUCUAGACACAGAUCUACUGACCCCACAUCUAGACACAGAUCUACUGACCCCACAUCAACUGACCCCACAUCUAGACACAGAUCAACUGACCCCACAUCUAGACACAGAUCAACUGACCCCACAUCUAGACACAGAUCAACUGACCCCACAUCUAGACACAGAUCAACUGACCCCACAUCUAGACACAGAUCAACUGACCCCACAUCUAGACACAGAUCAACUGACCCCACAUCUAGACACAGAUCAACUGACCCCACAUCUGGACACAGAUCAACUGACCCCACAUCUGGACACAGAUCAACCGACCCCACAUCUAGAGACAGAUCAACCGACCCCACAUCUAGACACAGAUCAACCGACCCCACAUCUAGACACAGAUCAACCGACCCCACAUCUAGACACAGAUCAACCGACCCCACAUCUGGACACAGAUCAACCGACCCCACAUCUGGACACAGAUCUACCGGCCCCACAUCUGGAGACAGAUCUACCGGCCCCACAUCUGGAGACAGAUCUACCGGCCCCACAUCUGGA